CAAGCAAAUCGAUUAAUUGUAUCUCAACACAUGUACAUCUCAGUAUGGCAGCACACCGGCCGUGAUAUCCGAAACCAGACAAAAACUGCUAUACUGUAUGAUCGUCUCCAACAUGAGCCAGAAAGAUUAAUUGGCCCCAGAGAUAUCGAAUCAAGAUCACAGUGCCAUACAUCUUGGGCAUACACUUGCAGUUAGCAUUGCAUGUUGUGAGCUCGUGGCUCUGUCCCUUGCCAACUUGACAUCGAUCCACAAGACCAUGUCAGAGACUGCACCAAAAACUGCAUGUACUGUUAGAGCACUGUUAUUAUCUUCUCUUCCCCCUCGUCUUUAAAUCCAUCAGCUCUGAAUCACCAUUCCCAUCCACAUUCCACAAGCAAAGCACUGCCGCAACCGCAAGCUAGUUCAGCUGAAUACUUGACACCAAAACACUUACCUCUGAACUUUCUGAAAGAAGCAACCAUGGUGAGCGCCAAGAGGCUUGCUCAGAUGGCAAGGAAGUGGCAGAAGAUGGCAGCCCACGGGAGGAAGAGGCUCACACGGCCGACGACGACGGCCGACGAGUGCUGCGCGACAUCGCCUUCAUCGCCGGUGGCCGUGAAGGGGCACUGCGUGAUGUACACCGCCGACGGGGCGCGGUUUGAGGUGCCGCUGCCGUACCUCGGCACGACGGUCGUCGGCGAGCUCCUGAGGAUGUCCCACGACGAGUUCGGCUUCGCCAGUGAUGGCCGGAUCACGCUGCCGUGCGAUGCGGCGGUGAUGGAGUAUGUCAUGUGCCUGCUCGGAAGGGACGCGCCGGAGGAGGUGAAGAGGGCUUUCCUUAGCUCUGUGGUCAGGCCUUGCCACUGCGAGGAUGGCUUGGAGCAGUACUCAAUGGGACCUACUAGAGUAGCUGUUUCUGGUUUCUGAAGAUACGAAGAGUGAAAUUGAUUAGCCUUUUCAACAUUCGUUUAGGACUUGGGAAGAUGUAAAUACAUUGUUCCUUAUGCGAGUUAGGAAAUGGAAGGAUCAUAUUGCAAGUUGGCAGAUAUGCAAGGGCCCGGCUUUAACAUCUCCA